UUGGAAAGAGAUCCACCUCCUGGGAUUGUGUGCUAUCCUAUUGACGAUGAUAUUACGCAAUUAGAAUCAUUCAUUAAAGGACCACCGGAAUCUCCUUAUGAGAAAGGUUUAUUUCAACUCGACAUUACAAUUCCUCUACAAUACCCCUUUUCUCCACCGCAGAUCCGUUUCAAGACACCAAUCUACCACCCCAACAUUGAUGACUGUGGACGCAUUUGUGCCGAUAUUCUCAAAAAAGGUGUCUCUGGAGGCUGGAAACCAUCGCUCAAUCUUUCUACAACUCUAAUGUCGCUUUCAACUCUAAUGGCACAUCCUAAUCCAGACGAUCCGCUUGAUGCAGAUAUUGUAAGUACACACAUACGCAUAUAUAUGAUAUUGUUAUAG